CGCAUUGCCGGCGUCGCCACUGCGUUUGCUCCCGUGUCCGUGCCUGCCGCCUGCUGCCAUGAAGACCCCCGGCGAGGUGCUGCGCGAGGGCGAGCUGGAGAAGCGCAGCGACAGCCUCUUCCAGCUGUGGAAGAAGAAGCGGGGCGUGCUCACCCCCGACCGCCUGCGCCUGUUCCCCGCCGGUCCCGGCACGCGCCCCAAGGAGCUGCGCUUCCACUCCAUCCUCAAGGUGGACUGCGUGGAGCGCACGGGCAAGUACGUCUACUUCACCAUCGUCACCACCGACCACAAGGAGAUCGACUUCCGCUGCGCGGGUGAGAGCUGCUGGAACGCGGCCAUCACGCUGGCGCUCAUCGACUUCCAGAACCGCCGCGCCCUGCAGGACUUCCACAGCCGCCAGCAGCGCGACGCGGCCGCCGAGCAGCCCGAGGCCCAGACGGCCCGCGCGCCCUGAGCGCCGCCCGGAGCCAUAUGCUGGAGGAGUCGGGCCAGACGCGAGGCUGCGCCGGCAGGAGCCCAGGGGCUACCCUGAACCGCGGGAGCCCGGUGGGCUCCCACCCGCUGAUCACGGCGAGGACGAAGGCCGGAGGCCGUGUCCCUGCCCCGCAGAGGGGAACCUUCUCGUGCAGAGCCGUGGAGCUUCGCCCCGCUGCGCGGGCGCCUUAAAUUAUUAGAUUAUCUAUGUAUUUAUUUGAUGGUUAGUAGUCGUCAAACCAUCUGUCUUAAUAUUUUGUUUUUGCAUCAAUGUGUCCAUUCCAAAUAAACUGCUUAAGCUGUUCUUCCUACCA